GGCGCGGCAACGUUGGUAGUUGGCGGGUGCUACGGGCGUGAGGCGGCCGCUCUCCAUGAUGUCGCCUCGGACCGUGGCCGUGGUCGGCCUGUCCGUCGCGCUCGGGCUGUUCUUUGUCUUCAUGGGGACCGUCAAACUGACGCCGCGCCUCAGCAGGGAUGCGUUCAACGAGAUGAAAAGAGCAUAUAAGGAAUAUGCCAAGGCGCUUCCGGUAUUAAAGAAGAUGGGCAUCACAUCGAUCCAGCUGCGGAAACUCAUUGGGACGAUGGAGGUGACGUGUGGCAUUAUCAUGACCCUGGUCCCCGGAAGGCCCAAGGACGUAGCUAACUUCAUUCUUCUCCUGGUUGCACUGGCUGUGCUCUUCUUCCAUCAGCUGGUGGGCGACCCGCUCAAACGUUAUGCCCAUGCACUUGUCUUUGGGAUCCUGCUCACCUGCCGGCUGCUCAUCAUCAGGCAAGCAGACGACAGAGACAAAGAGAUGGCAGUGGGAGACGUGGCAAAGGAAGAGCAGGUCGAGGCUGACACCGAACAAGAGAAAGGGAAACUGAAAACCACCUAAUUUGACUCACAUAGGAUUGGAACUGGGGACACCUCGCCAGCCAAUGUCAUCCCGAGUAUAAAGAACCUGUUCCCCACUUCCCCACUUCAGCUAACGGUGCUGGAAGUGAAUGACAGAUUUCGUGAACAUCUGUUGAUGGGAAUCUGAACACUGGCAGGAGUAUUUCCCCAUGACUAACAACAAUCACUUACAGUCCUAAUCAAUACAUAUCAGGGCAAACACCAUCAUCACCUCUCCACCCUGAGUUCUGCAGUGAUUCUAACCAAUACACAUU